AUGUGGGACGGGCGGCUGGGCGUAAAAUGUCAGACUACAACAGAGAGCUUCUGGGCGGACAGGGCAUUGUGGGAUCGGCCAAAUACGGAAACGGGCGCUUACUUUCCGUAAUGGACGGGAAAGACCUUGACAGAAAGCUCUUGGCGCUGCAGCGCGGGCAGGAGAAAAGGACUCGCGGAGUGAAAGAAGAAGCAAUCAGCGAGGAUGCGCGGCGCAAGUUCACGCCGCCUUGUGCUCCAGCCGUGCGACCAACGAAAUGCAGAUGGGGAUAGCGACGAGGGCAGACGACGGUUGCAGAGGAGAUAUAGACGGCUGAGUAAGCCUCGGGUCCGGGGCUGGGUGCUUGGUAAUGACAGGGGCCGCCUCUUUGGUGCCUCUUCAGCCUGGCCAUCAUUUACUGCUUGCAGUAUGGCGGCUUGGGGCAGAGGGCGGGUGUCCACCGCUUUUCGGCGGGCGUUGAUGAACUGUGCCGGCGCGCCGGUCUUAUGGCUCAGGCAGCACUCGAGCUUACACUGCGCCCUAAAUCUGGGGUCAGACGGUAGUAUGUUCAAGAGGGAGGGGACAUUAUGCAGUGUCUAGGGAAUGCAGUAAAGAUCGCGGCCCUCGCCCGGGUACCGUGUG